GGUCCUUGAAAUACUGUCACAUUUUCAAGAUGGCUGCCUCCAUCACAGGUUUAUUGAAACCUUGGACGCCAAGGGUGAUCUUGGUGAGAUGGAGCAGGUACAACCCGUACUACCUGGAGCCGGAGAUUCAGAGGGAGGCUUACAGCGUUCCAGAUACAGAGCUGACCACUGAAGAGAAGCAGCAGCGCGAGCUAAAGGAGCUUAGACCCAUAAAAGCAGCCACCAGUGGGAUUACUAGUUCGGUUUUCAGUGACCCAGUAUUAAGUAAAUUCAUCAACAUGAUAAUGAAAGGUGGAGACAAGGUUUUGGCCAAAAACAUCAUGACGGACACACUGGAGCACGUGAAGAGGAAACAGGUGGAAAAGUACCACAAGGCGCCCCAGGGGAAAAGAGAGGACAUUGAGUGUAAUCCGUACACCAUCUUCCACCAGGCCCUUGACAACUGUAAGCCCGUCAUUGGAUUGGCCAGCAUACAGAAGGGAGGCAAGUUCUACCAGGUUCCCAUCCCUCUUACUGACAAUCGCCGGCGCUUCCUGGCUAUGAAGUGGAUUAUCACAGAGUGCAGGGAGAACAGACACAGGCGCACGCAUCUCUAUGAAAAACUUUCCCAGGAACUUCUGGCGGCCUUUGUGAAGGAGGGCAACGUAAUUAAGAAGAAACACGAGCUACACAAGAUGGCAGAAUCCAACAGAGCCUAUGCCCACUACCGCUGGUGGUAGUCAGUUUAGAGCGCCCCCGCUAUAAGUGUGGGUUUAAAACAAGACAAACUCCACUGGACCUGAAACACACUGACUGUACCCCUGCCCCGGGUGCAGUGGAAUCCAUUCUGGGUGGUGGAGUACCCACAAUUCAAUUGUACAUCAUUCAUCAUCUUAAGCCCAACUGUAUUUAGACACUUUUUUUGUAUUGCGUGUGUAUGAUGUAUAAACUUGCAGUGACAAUUAUACAAUGCCCAUCGUAUAUUGAUAACAUUUCAUACAUACUAAUUGAUAAAUGGAUACAGCAGUGUGGAAAUUCUACUUUGGCUCUCAUCAAUCCUGGAAGAAUAUUGCAACGUUAAUGAUAAGUAUGGCUUGUUAAUGACAGAUCAAUUUGUGUCCACCAAUAGUCUUCCCCUUCUAAAACAAACAAAUCCAAUGACUGGCUGUGAAACCUGAAUAAGGUAAAGACAAGGCCAUGAACUUUUAGGGAACUAGUCGUUAUAAAGUCGGCGGCAGUAGCUCAGGAGGUAGAGCAGGUUGGCUGGUGACCGGAAGGUUGCUGGUUCGAUCCCCGGCUCCUCCUAGCUGAGUGUCGAGUCGUCCCUGAGCGAGACGCCCCACCCUGACUGCUCUGGUCAGAGAGGUGUGGCGUCCCCUGUCUGUAUAAGCUAUCGAAAGGAAUAUCGAAAGGUUACUCCCGAGGAGACUUGAUAAAAUGAAUGAAUGAAAUGAAGUCGUUAUAAAUGAUUCAGUAACUAAGUUCUACAAUAAGGGUACAUCAAUAAACUUAGCAUUUAGUUAGUGGCCUAGUAUACUUGACAUGUUAAUGACAGAUCAACUUGUGUCCACCAUGCGUUAAUGCUAAGGUAUUAUUGUAAAUCAUUUAAUAGGGUUUCCUAACCCCUAAAGUUUGGACUGAAGCUAAUCCUCAAAUUCAACAAAUUAAAUUCACAAACUCAAUUACACAUCUAAAGAAAUGUUUUAUUAAAUAAAACAUCUUUCACUUAUUACAGUGAUCCCUGUUUUCAAUGGUUCUAACCCAAAAUGUAGCUGGUUACUGGUCUGAUUGUUCACUUUGGUCAGUGAAGAAGCUGUCACCUAGCAA